GGAGAGUUAAUCUAAUACAUGUGUAGUGUGAUUAAAGAAAGAGCUUCAUUGCUGUUGACAUUUCAGAUGAAUGUGAGGCUUCAGCGAGAGGAUAUUAAACACACAGAAACAGCAAAAAGCAGGAGAAGGAGGAGAAAGGGUUAACAGUCCAAAUCUAUCAGAGGGAGAUCUCUCUCUCUCUCCUCCCCCCCUACCUCUCUCGACCACUCGGCUGCUCUCCUCCUCUCUCUCUCUCACCACCUGUUAGUGCGGACCCCUUGCGCACUGACAUCCACCUGUUUGUGUAGGAAUCUGCUCCACUCACACAAUCAAAGACUCUAUGACGGUGCGGAGGGGAAAGAAGCUCAGCAUCUCCAUCCAGGAACACAUGGCCAUUGACGUCUGCCCCGGCCCCAUCAGACCCAUCCGACAGAUCUCCGCCUACUUCCCCCGUCUGUCCCCCACCUCCCCCGGCCCCGUGUCCCCGAACCCUGCCUCCUCCCCUCUGGCCCUCAGCCCCGGCUCCGUGGCCUCCGGGAUGGGCGGGGCUCACCUGCUGUCCCCUCUGCUGGCCCACGGCAGGCCGGGCGGGGGCGGGUCUUUGUCUCUGACCAGCAGCAUGGACACGUCGGUGGAGAUCAACAGCUCCGACAGUGACGACUGCACUGCUCUGGGAACGCUGGAGUUCGAGCUGCGGUACGAGCAGAGCUCCAGUGAGCUGCACUGCACGGUGCUCCGGGCCAAGGGUCUGAAGCCGAUGGACUUCAACGGUUUGGCCGACCCGUACGUCAAACUGCACCUGCUGCCUGGAGCCUGUAAGGCCAAUAAGCUGAAAACGAAGACGAUUCGUAACUCUCUGAAUCCGGUGUGGAAUGAAACGCUGACUUAUGUCGGGAUCACAGAAGAAGACAUGCACAGGAAGACGCUCAGGUUGACUGUGUGUGACGAGGACAAGCUGACUCAUAAUGAGUUAAUUGGAGAGUCCCGGGUGCCUCUGAAACGUGUGAAACCCGACCAGACCAAACAUUUCCACACCUGCCUGGAGCAUCCACCACCGCUCCCCUCUCCUACUGCCAUGGGUGUAGCCCUUCGAGGAAUAUCCUGCUACCUAAGAGAGUGGGAGAACGAGCAGCUGCACAGUCUGGAGGAGCGAGGUCGUCUUCUUCUCUCGCUGCAGUUUCUGCCUCCGCUCAGUUCGGAGGAAAAAGACGCAGAGCGCGGAGGAGGAGCAGGAGGAGCUGAAGGGCGUCGCAGCGGAGGUCUCUGUGUGGGCGUGAGGCGCUGCGCUCACCUGGCCGCCAUGGACGUCAACGGAUUCUCUGACCCCUACGUCAAAAUAUACCUGAAGCCUGACAUACAGAAGAAAUCCAAGCACAAAACAACAGUGAUGAAAAAGACCCUCAACCCCGAAUUCAAUGAGGAGUUUUUCUAUGAGAUCUCGCUGUCUGAGCUCGCCAACAAGACGCUGGAGGUGACUGUGUGGGACUACGACCUGGGACGCUCCAACGACUUCAUAGGCGGCGUCUGUCUGAGCUGUCACUCACAGGGCGACGCCCUCCGGCACUGGAUGGACUGCCUGAAGAACAAGGGCAGGCGGGUGGAGCGGUGGCACAUCCUGACCAACGAGCUGCCACGAACCCUCAGCCACGACUAAACCCAGCAGCCUCAGCACGUGCGGACGGGCGCCGUCGGGGACCGCAGGCAGCCUCUGCGUACUUCACGGGAUGGACUCAAGCAACUUCACCACAGGAAUCAGCAGAGAGGGAAAGUGUAUUAUAAUUAGAGCCACCAUGGUCGGAGCAGAAUGGUGGUGUGCCUUCAUUAUUGAUCAUCACACCUGCACUCAGCACCAGGUUACAUCCACUGCAGGCCGACACUUAUGAGGGGUGGAACUCACAUUCAGUAGAAACCACAGCUGCAGACGGUUGCAUGUCUUCUUUCUUCUACAGAUUUUAGUCCCAUGCUCUCUUUAAAAGAAAAACCAGCUCCCAAAUUUGUUAUGUUUUUGUUGUCACCAUGCCUCCCGUCAGUGCAUGUUCCCGUCAGAGCAGCAGUAUUUUCUCCGUCUGCGUAGACAGAACUUCUCUGCGUUCAGUCUAAACCCAGUUUGUUCCUCUCAUGUUUAUACAGCUCAGCUUCUGUUCUAACUAAAGAGGUGGUUUACUAACUGCUGUUGUUAAGAUAUUUCCUGAAUAGAUGACUCAGUCCCUCCAGGAUUCAGCAGGCUUUUCUGGGGACUGUUGAGACCUAAAAUGGCUGAUUUUACAUCAGCUUUUCUCAAAUGUUGUGAUGGUUACUUUUCUGAGUUAGAAAAACAAGAGUCUUUAAAUUUGAGAAACAAACCAUUUCAGAAAUUGUUCAGAAAAGUCAUUAAAGUGGGAAUUAGUGAAUAAAGUAUUUAAUUUUCAAACACCCACAUAAACAAAAUUCUGGUUCACUGUGAUGUGAAUGUUAAAAUGUUUGUUUCUAAGAUUACCUCAACAACAAAUUAUUAGUACAUUGGCAAAACUUUUUUUUGUUUAUUUCAAAACUUAAAACUUUAAAGUUAAGACAGUUGCCUUUUAAAUUAUGAGUUUAGUCAACAGUCAACCAAAAAAAUAGCUGAUUUGUUUGUUUGUUUUUGUUUUGUAAACCAUAAAACUUUAAUAGCCCAGGUUUUUAUUUGCUUCAGUCAGUGAACUCAACCUGCCUUUAUUUGAGACAGGCCUUUAAUUCCUUUUUGUAAAGGAGACCUGCGUUCAAUUGAGGUUUUAUGGUACUAUAUUAAAAAUCGAAGGCAACUUGUUCCAGUGAGAAUAAAAUCACUAGUAGUUUAACUAUUUGUGUGGGGGGGACUGCUAUGAUUGGUCAAAUUUGUGGAAGAUUUGCAGUGACUGGACAAAAUUGAGAGGUGCAACUUCCUGGAGGGACUGUGGAUGGUAACUUUGUGCAGGACCCCCCCCCUUCAUAAUGUAGAUGCUUUGGUUUUUAGUGUCUGGCUCUGAUUGGAUGGAGGUUCCUCCAUCACUACAGCUACCACUGUUGGCAGAUUCUCCUGAUCAAUGGACAACUUUUUAUGUAAAAAUGGACCGGGACAGCCAACAACAGAUCAACAGAAAUAAAUGUAAUUUAAUUAAGUUACAACUCAGUUGAAAAUGACUUUAAAUGAAUAUUCUGUCAUUGUGAAACAGAUCUCAGCUGUGGUUUUAAGCUCAGUUAUACAGAGAAGACCAUCUGUUAUUCUUCUUCUUGCACUCAUAUUCAGAUACUGAAUAUAACAGGGAGGCUCGAGGCAAUUGGGUAAUUUUCAUGAUGAUUGCGCGGCUUCGUGGCUUUGAUUAGGUCAAAUUUGGAAACACUGACGGCUACAGAAAAAACAGUCAGAAAAAGCUGCAGACGUGUAACUUGAUUUAUUCCUGCAACUGUUCAGUCUUGUUUGAUUUUUCUGUAUGAAGUAUUUCAGUGAAAUGUUCCAGGGUUUGAAUAGAUGGAGGGUCAGUCUUCAAAGGUGCUAACAGUGAAGGAAUCUCAGUGUGGUGAAGUUUAAUGUCCACUGAUUUAAAUAUUGUUUCACAGGCUGCUCCACACCGACAGGAAUACUGAAUCCCUAAACGUUCGCUAAGCCCCACUUUAGCCCCCGCUGACCGUACAACACAGAACAGGAAACGAGACAGAUUUGAAACAAUAGCUCCUUAAUAUCAGACAGAAGCAGUUUCAGUGACUGGAAAGACAACCUUUGAUAGCAGAUUUACCAGCUGUCAGUUGAGCUAACGUUAGCUCCACGAUGCACCUGAAGAUGCUGUCUUUGUCUGAGUCCUAACGUUUACAGCUAAAUACCUUUCUUAAAAUGUAAACCCUGUAAAAUAACUUUAGCUUCCGUCUGUUAGCAUUGGUAUCAUGUAUGUAGCCAUCAAGUGCGAACUAGCAGGUUCCAGGUCAUGAUGCCAUGCUAACAGACAGUUUGUUUUCACUUUCAGGAUGAGGACUGAUGUAACGCUAGCUCACGUAGCAUUUACUGGGGUUGCUGGAUUAUAAACGACCUAAAAUCCAACCAAGAGCCGCUAAAGUUAGUUUAAACUCUGAUAGCAUUCAGGACCAUCAACACUAGUGGCGAACUGUUACAGGUUACAUUAGAACAGAUAAACCCACCAAUGCAUCAUUUAAACCUAUGUUUAAAUAACAAAGCACAUUUUUCUCUCGAUGAGAUUACAAAGUCAAUACAAAGACGGAAAUUGGACAAAUACGCAAAUUUGUGAGAGUUAAAAAUAUUCAGGUGAGAGGAAACUUUGCUCGAAUCACGGUGCGAAAAUUUGCUUCGUGUUUGUUGUGAACACACCAUAAAAACCAGCCUCCACACUUGUGUGCCUAGUUACGGUUGCUAAGCUAUGAUUGGACAAUCACUGACUGCGGGGGAGGGGUUUAGCGAACAUUUGGAGGCAUAAAAAGAACGUCUGCAGAAAAUAUAAACCGUCAGCAGCUGUGUUGGUCUCAUCUUUCAAACGUAUCGGUAAAAUAAUCAGAAUUUCCUUCGUAUCAUUUCUCUGAUAUUUGCUCUGUAACGCACGGAUCACUUCUCUAUUGCACUCCUUAAUACAACUGUGAAAAACAAACUGCAUCCUAUUGUUGCCAUGACUGAUGAUGAUGAUGAUGAUGAUGAUGAUGAUAUCAAUAUCAAUACAAGUGGUUCUUCCUCGUUGUUGCAUGAUGCAAUAUGUUGAUAUACUUCUUUAUAUCUCUAUACUCCCCCUGCCUGUUUUCUAAUUCAAAGCGUUGAAGUGAGACAUGAUGAAACAUUCAGGUACACCUCAUGUUGAAUUUCUUGUUUACAGUGUUAUUGUUCAUCUUUUAUGCACGACUGAAUGUACGAAUGUGGCUUUCUAUACGAUAUUGUUGAACUGUUGUUUACACUGAUCUUGUGCUUUACAGUUACAUUUCUAUCAGGUGUUUUAUGUACAAUGAUGCAACAAUAAAUUUGGAAUGCAACAGACA